ACAUGCGCACGCCAUGGACCUUGCGCCAUUCGGGAUUUGGCACGCUGGUCGUGUAGCUCGUGCACCUCGUGCACCUCGUGUACCUCGUGUACCUGGUGUGGCUGUGCCUUUGGAUCCGAUUCGAGCGAGGGCGAGGCGAACGAGCCGUGCGGUGGGCUUUGUUGCCGGGGCCAGCGCCGCACGCACGCUGAGGGCGGGGCCAGAGAGCCUGCCUGAGAGCCUGCCUGAGAGCCUGCGAGCUUUUGCGCUGGAGAUCCGGAAGGAGCUCAAGAAUAAGCAUCCGCAGAAGCAUCAUGAAGUCCACGACCACGAGCUUGGGCCGCUCAUCGCGAAGAGGCGCUGGACACACCUGGGCAAGCUUUUGAAAGCUUAUGAGGAAUAUCCUCACGACCUGCCCAGCGAUGCUUGGAUCUCGCUGCGCCUUGAUGGCUGUUGCUGGGGUACCCUGAUGGAUCGCCUGAAGAGCUCUGGCAUCCUAGCGCGGGGCUUUCGCCGGGAGAUUGCCGAGGCCAUGGUGGCAAGCUGCAGGGCAGUGAUGUGUGAAUUUGGUGGGGUCUUGGGCUACACCCAUAGUGACGAGAUGACUGUUCUAGUGCCGCCUGGCCCACGAGCUUUUGGUGGUUCAUUAUCCUCCUGGAUCAGCUUGGCUGCCAGCAUUGCCAGCGCAACCUGCAACCGCCUGCUGGUGGAGCUGGCGGCCGACAGGGGCCUAGCGCUCGAUGAGAUCAUCGUGGCUCACUUUGACUGUCGAGCUGGGGUUUUCCGGUCGGCGCUGGAGGCGGAGAGCCUGGUGUUGUGGCGAGUCUCUGACUGCAAUGUUAACUCGGCCUCGGAUGCUAUCAAGUUCUCAGAUGCCCCAAUGCAAGUCCGCAAGUUCAACACAAUCCAGAAGCUGAUCUAUCUACAAACCAGGGACGGCUUGCCCAUGCAACGUCACCAGGCCUAUGGAUCCUUGAUUACGCGGUUGGAUGAUCGCCAGGUGUUGCUGAACGAUGGCGCCUCGAAGCAUGUCCACAACCUCGCGCGGCAGCGGCCCUUAAUCCCAGGCCGUUUUCUGGAUGGAAGCCAUGCAGAAGCUGAGCUACAAGGCUCUGCGGAGCUGUCUGCAUCAAGUGUCUCAUGGCCGUGUGCCAUGCCACGGUGCCGUUGAAAGCGAA